AAGUGCUGCGCUUCCCCGGAAGUUUGUAGCGGGGCGCGGAAGCGUCGGGCUGAGGGGGGGGGCGCGAUGGGCUGCGAUGGCGGCACCAUCCCCAAGCGGCACGAGCUGGUCAAGGGGCCCCGCAAAGUCGAGAAGGUUGACAAGAACGCGGAGCUCGUUGCCAGGUGGCGCUACUGUGCUCUGAGCCAGGAGAAGCUGCGUCGCCCCAUCGUAGCCUGUGAGCUGGGCAGGUUGUAUAAUAAAGAUGCCCUCAUUGAGUUUCUGCUGGACAAGUCACCUGAUAAAACCCCGAUAGAAGCUGCCUCCCAUAUCAAGAGCAUUAAGAAUGUCACAGAACUAAACCUUGCAGAUAAUCCAGCUUGGAGUGGUGAUAAAGAGAGUAUAAAAGGUGACAAAUAUGAUGACAUCCAGUCUGCACGUUUCAUAUGCCCUGUGGUGGGACUGGAAAUGAAUGGAAGACAUAGGUUUUGCUUCUUGAGAAACUGUGGCUGUGUGUUCUCUGAACGUGCUCUCAAGGAAGUUAAAGCAGAAGCUUGUCACAAGUGUGGUGUUCCCUUUCAAGAGGAAGAUGUCAUUAUUCUUAAUGGUACUAAAGAAGAUGUGGAAGUAUUGAAGAAAAGGAUGGAGGAUAGAAGACUUAAAAGUAAAUUAGAAAAGAAAUCAAAGAAGUGUAAGUCAGCAGAAUCAGCUUCUCAGCCAGACACCACUGAAGAUUCUCCAGGUCCAUCCAAGGCUAAGAAUGAAAAGGAUGGUAUCAAUUCCAGUUCUGCGGAAAAGAGGCAGAUUAUCUUCACCAAAAGUUCAGCAGAUAAUGGAAAUUCAUCUGUACCAGGAAAAGUCAAUAGGGUCAAUAAGGCUGCUUCUACUACUACCAAGAGAUCCAUUGCAGACAGCGAGGAGAAAUCUGAGGCAUACAAAUCUAUUUUUACAUCACACAGCUCAGCAAAACGUUCAAAGGAAGAGUGUUCCAAUUGGGUUACUCACACAGCCUACUAUUUCUGAAACAAUGAGGAGCCUGAUCCUAACAUUCAUCACUGCUUUCCUGCCCCAAGGCUUUUUCUGUACAACUCUGAUACAGAACUUCUGUUGUCAUCUGAUGUUAUCUGGAAUUACUCAGUUUAUAAACUUGUGAAUAACUAAUAAACUUGUGUUACUUGCAACUUCUGUUAGAUAAGAAAUAGAUCAACAGGAUCAAUGUUGUAUCAGCAGACCUCAUUCUAAACUGAUGGAUUAUUUGCACAAAUUUUUUCCUUUUCUUAUCCCAGUUGGAUGCUGUCAUUCUUAGCCACAGUAGCUGGUGUCCUCAGUAGUAGGAGUAAGGGUAGAAGGAUCUGCCUUCUCUCAUCUUCUGCUGAUAUUUACUGCAACUGCAUUUAUAGUUUUCAAUGUAUUAGUACAGAAUUUCAAACUUUUCAAAACUUUCUGCAAGUAAAAAGAGCAAUAAAGCUUUUAUUUUGUACAAGGUAACUGGGCCCCCAGUAGAACUAAUAUGUCUCUUAAAGCUUCAGCUUUCAAGUAAUUUACCUUUUGAUGGAAUACAUGAAAGCAUGAUCUUGAAAAUGUUUGUACAACGUUCUUGUACCUAUAGUCGUAGCUUGUUUUCAGUACCCAGAUAUUCACUUGUAAAUCAUAAUCUAGAAAGAUGAGCCUGUAAUAAUAAGGCUGUUUUUUUCCCAAAAAAGAUGUUGAGAGUUUUCUUUGUGGUUUUGUGUUUUAAAGUUAGAAGUAUCAGGUCUGAGGUUUAUUUCUUUUGUCAGAGAUCAGCAUAUGCUAGAACAGAAGUAUGAGUUCCCUUACUUUUUCUGUUGAAACAGUAAUGUUGUGUGUACAUUUCUGAGGAGCCAUUUGCCAUUUUGAAUUUAGCAGCUUCCAUGAGAAUAAAACCAUUUGCACAGGGUGAAAGGAAAACCGGUGGUGACAGAAUAGGAGCAGGCAGAUCGGUCACUGCCUGUUUGGGAGGAACUUUGGGCACCAUUAUCAUGGGAGUUAACUCAUUGGUGGAUUGUGGAGGGAACCCUGCAAGGCUGGAGGUAGCUUCUCAGCACGUUUUACUUUGCAGGCUACUGAAAUGUGCUGCUUUCACAGCAUCUGCUGUGCACGUUGGUUUAUUUUCUGACAUAAAAUCCUUAACAGCAAACAAUUAUUUGGCUGUUAAUUGUUUUUUUACAGAAAGAUGCUAAGCACAGUAUAUUGCUCAGUUACGCUUUUAUAUUUAAGCUUUUUAUCCCUGUGACAUUGAUUUAAAUAAAACUUGCUCUUGUCCUAUGACCAUAAUGUUUCAUGUUCAGUUGAACAGAUACACAAGUGUUUAUGUUGUCCUUGUUAAAACAACUUUUUCUAGGUUUUCCUCUGUCCCUAUUAUUCUUAGCUUUUUUCCAAGCACAGGAAUCAUUUUAAAAUGUUAAUAUUCCAUAGCAAUGAUUUAGUGGCUGAAUAUUUUAAUACAAUAAUACCUACAUUAAAUGACCAGAGGGAGAGAUGGAAGUUUUUUCACCUUUCUCUCUUAAAAUAUGCUUUUAUAAUCUUGGCACAAACUAACCAGAAUAGAAAUGCAGAAUGUAGGAGGCUUUUAAAACCACUGCAUGAUGUUACAUUGUUACCUUUGUGUGUGAAAGUGAUUAAUUAUCCUCAUAAUAUAUUUUUUAGAAUGUCCCCAUUUAUAAUUGGCAAUAGUUAAUGGGAGAUUCAAAUGCUGUUUGUAUUUCUGUGGGUGGUCUCCAGGAUUCAAGCGUGUUGAAUGAAACUGCUGGGAUUUUAUUAUGAUUUUGAUAGAUAAAAUUAAAAAUUGGCUUGUUGUAGAAUUUA